CUCAAAAAAAAGCAGGGAAUGAAAAAGGUUACAUUUUUAGCUAGGCUGCCAUUCAGAGACGAAAGGACCCCAUGCGUGUGUUAUAUAUAUAUAUAUGUGUGUGUGUGUUAACCUUUGAUUUAAAUAUAAUCUUAGAUAUAUUUUGUUAGAAUUCCUUGAAUUGCAAACAAUGAAAUAGGUUGGAGUCCUGGUUGUGCUGGUCAUUCUCUCCAGACUCAUCAUGUUGUUAACAUUGGUCUAUAUGGCUGCCACUUGGGUACAAUCAUGGCGGCUAAGCUCGAUGAGGAACAAAAUCACACAACUUCUGACAUACAAUGGUAGUUUGGUGCUCUACAAGGAACCUGAUCCAACAUCUACAGAUUCUGAAGGUGGUAUGGACUCCCAGAUGGUGGGGGUGAGUUCCAGUAGCUGUAUCAACAAGUCUGAAGCUCGAGUCGGGGACCUGCUAUGGUACUCUGGCAAUAAACGUGCCUGCUCAGUGUUCCCUCAGCAAAGGGUGGAUGUGACACAUUGGAUAACCUUCUGCAGUGACAGAUCCAUGUUCCCAAUUGAGGUGAGUGGUGGGUUGAGCAAGGUGGAUUUCUGUGAUGACCGCAAGCUGCACAUUCUCAUCGAGGCCGACUACUUGAAGGCCACAAGCAUCAGGGAUGCCAACUACUGCCAACUGGAGCAGUUUGGUGUACCACGGGUAUGGCAGGCUAGUGACUACUUUGGUGUCAUUCUUGAGACAGACGUGGAACACCUGACAAAAUUGGGAAGCCAAUUCAUGACAAGUAAACUGUCCAUCGAUGGUGGUAUGGAGCUGGUCCGUAUUGAAUCUGUGUGUGUUGAAGGUCGGCCUUGCCUGAUGCUAAACACAGACUCAACACUGAUCACUCAUUCUCAUGCAAAUGAAGAUGAGUCGCAGGAUCAGGAUGUGCAUAGAUCAGUGAAUGAUAUCUUGGAGAGAAGAGUAGAUGUCCAGAUGUCGCCAGUGCAAUGGCGUACACACAUUGAGCUUCUCCAGAGCUGCACUCAGGCAGCCAAAAAUGCAGCUGCUACUCAGGAAGAGACAUGUGUCAGUGGUCAUUCAUCAGCCGUAUUGGUUGCCGGCACACAGCCUCUCAAAUUGAACUCCGCUACCAUCAUCACCAUCCCAGAGCCAUCUCAGUCAGAAACAGGUCUCUCACUGACAGAUACUGGCAGUGUUGUGACUGUCAAGCCAGUAGCUGAAGAGAGGGCACGUAGUGGUUUGCCAGGAGAAGUUGUUCCUUUGGAUAUUGCCUCACAUGAAACCAAGAGCAUAGACUCAUUCCACAGCCUCACAGAAGAACUCGACCAUUUGGACCAUGACAUUGGGAGUGAUGUGGCUGCAAAGAAUGGACCCAGUCCAAUUCUAGAAGAAGAGCAUGGUCCACAUCCUUCAUCACCUAGGGAGUCGAAGAGCAGCGAUUCAUUCUGUUCACUGGGUUCUGCUAGCACGGUGUCCAUGACAUCACAUACUGGUGGUGGGAAGGUGGCUUUGAACCAAGAGGCUGCUGGAGUGCCACCACAUGCAGACCCAGUAUUUGCUGUUAGAAGACCAGGCAAACAGAUUAAAUCUUUGUCCACCAGUGUGAAGCCACCCAAUGUACUGGUGUACUCAGAGAGCAGUGUUGCUCUGGAGAAUGUGAAAGCUGUCAUCCGCUCGACGCUGCAGAGAGACAAGUAUGUCAUUUACACAGUAAGCAAAUCCACACUACUGUCUUCACCAUGGUCAGACAACACCAUACUGCUGGUGGUGUGUGGUACAGUUGCAGAUAUCCUGGCACCAACGUUCAUGAGCUACUUACUAAACGGAGGGCGGAUUUUAUGCCUCUGCUCUGAUUUCCUGCAUCUGGUUCUCCCAACAUUUCGAACAGCUGAGGUGCGGGAACAUGAAUUAGUGCGCUUCUCUUAUGCACGUUGGAAGCAUGUUCAAAUGAUGCAUCACAUCUUCUGCUAUCAGGCAUCACCUGCACGAACAAGGUUCUCCCCUCGUGAGCCCCAGGAACCUGACAACGUGGCAGCGUCUCCACAACAAAGCACUAAUUCCAGAGCUCCACAGCCCCCAUCUUCUGUACAGGUUUUUGAUGGAAACAACAAGCCACAUACAUUGCAUGUUCAGGUGCUGGGAGCAGAGGAGACGUGGCACACCCCGUCACUGCUGCUUGCAACAGUUGGACGUGGGGACGGCAAAGUAGUAUUCUCGCAAGUGCACCUCGAGGUGGAUCCCACACAGUACGAGGAUGAAGAAAGCAAGUUUGUAGCUCUGAAAGAAAGCAACACAGCUCGACUGGAGAUCAUACAGGAUCUGCUGUCCAUGCAUCUUGGUCUGGAGUGCACCACCAGUCAGAAAUUGCCUUCCUACACGCCUGGCUACUUCCUUGGCAGGCAUGAGAUGAAGCUGGAGUUCCUUAACAGUCUCCAUAGUCGUCUGGAAGGAGAUAACAUCCUCAAGAUGUCUCAGAUAAGUCUACAGUUCUGCACUGCCAAGGGGGUGGAGCCCCCAAAAGCCACUGCCAACUUCAUGCCUAUUCUUGUUCAUGCCUGCCCUGCCAACUUCUCCACUAUAGAGUACUUUGAGAAUCUCCAGUCAGAUGUUCUGGGUCGCUUGGUUAUCUUCUCAGAGGUGAUGACAAGUUCCAUGGAUGUUCUGUCUGGGGUGCCACUGCAACAUGGACUGGCUGUUGUCCCAUGCCAGCAGACACAUGGUGUAGGACGUGGUGAAAAUGUGUGGCUCAGUCCUGAGGGGUGUGCCAUGUUCUCAAUACAGCUGCACAUCCCCCUCAAUUCGUAUCUUGGACAGCACAUCUCUCUGCUACAACAUAUUGUAGGUGUGGCUGUUGUUUCAGCUCUCUGCAGCAUACCUGGUUACCAGGACUUGGACUUGCACCUUAAGUGGCCCAAUGACAUCUAUACUAGCCAAUCAGCAAAGCUGGGUGGCAUCAAUGUGAAAAAUUCCAUAAAUAACGCUGUUGCUGUUUGCAAUGUUGGUGUUGGUGUGAACCUUGACAAUAAGAACCCCACGACAUGUAUCAAUGAGAUGAUUGUGCAGCUCAACUCCAUGGCAUCUGCUCCAAGCGAGAAGCUGGCACCACUGUCUUGCGAGAAGUUGCUUGCAGUCACAUUCACACAGCUUGAGAGUCUUCUGAAUUCAAUCCAGAUGGGUCACAUACAGCAAAUCCUGCAGCUGUACUACAGUUAUUGGCUUCACAGCGAUGCUGAAAUUACCGUGAUCGGUUCAAGAGGAUCCACACAGAAAGCUACAGUGGUUGGUGUGGAUGAUUUUGGCUUCCUGAGAGUUCGAGGACAGGAUGGGAUACCAUUUAGUGUGCAUCCUGAUGGUAACUCAUUUGACAUGCUGCGAGGCCUGGUUGCACCCAGUGUGAAGUAGACAUUUGCAGCCCAUUAUGGGCUCCUUCUAGUGCAUGCCCAGUGGUAUAUUGCACACUGGAUAUGUUGAGUUUGCAAGAAAUGUGUGACACAUUACCUUUAUACAACAGUUAUUUCUGGAUGGGUUUAAUGUGAAUGGUAAAUAAUGGGAAAAGCUGCAUGAAAAUGAGCAUAAAUUUCCCCCCAUAUAAUGAAACACUAAGUUCAUUUAAGCCUGAAUUCUUGAGUUAGAAAUCUUGAUUUCUGGAAUUUUUGUGUUACCUUUGUCAUGGCAAUAUUACUAUACAAAAACUGGAGCAGAUGCUUGUACUGUGAUCUAAUGAUCCCUUGCAUGUGCACUGAGUGCUAUCUGCCUUGAAAUAGCAUUGACCACUGGUCACCUGUUUGCUUGGUCUAUUGCCAAGCUGGACAUGCUGCAGGCUUGCAAUGCUCUCUGGUGCUUGGAGCUGAAAUGAAGAUCUGGCAAUGGUGCUGCAUUCCUUUGCCUUAGCUUCUGUUUCUAUAUCAUAUGUGGCUAGAGCCAGGGAUCCUUAAGUUACAGCGGGGCUGCAGUUCCAAGGCAUGUGGGACUUGCAACGUUUUGUUGGUUGAUAUUCAUGUCAUUUUCAGAGCUCUGUCCACUUUAUUUAAAUGACAAAAACUCACCUGUUGUUACUUGAUCUAACACGUGUCUUGGCAUUUAUCUUGAAGAAUGAAGGAAUCCCCACAAAAAUCUCAAAGGAGUAUCAGUAAGUUCCACUUAUGGUGUCACUGGUUGCUUUUACAUUCAAAUAAUUUUCUUGUAGAUAAUCAAAAUUGUUAUGUAGUCCUGAUGUUUUGUUGUUAGUACAAAUUAUACUUGUAUUAGCUAUGUUUCUUUCUUCUCUCUUCCUUGUCCUUAGGAUUGAAGAAACAAAUGGAAACAGGUUAAUGAACGCCGUUUCCAUUUUGAAGUGGAAGGAACAAAUGUUACCAACAUUGUCAGUGUGUUACCUUCCUAGCUCUUCAUUAUGCAUAAUUCUGAGCCAAGACUCUGAUCAGUUCUGCCGUAACCUGUCAACAGAUAUAAUGUAGACAUAAUUGAUAUUGAAAGGUAAAAGUAAAGUUGUCCCUGUGCUUGAUUAAAUACCACACCACGAAGAAGUAUGCAGAAAACUUUUGUGCCUUGUAGUGUAACUACAUAGAGCUGAAUUCUUGAGAAGCUAAUAGUUGCUCAGCUCCUGAAGAAAUUUUCAGCAUUUUCUGGAACCUGAAGGUCUUUACCACAUUCAGAAGAGCCCACCACAGGUCCCUGUGGUGAACCAUAUGAAUGCAGUUCACAGUCUCCCAUCCCAUUUCUUUAAGAUCCAUUUUAUUAUUAUCCUUCCAUUUACAUUUUUUUUAAUGAUGGACAGAUGGUGAGUCAGGAUAAACAGGCAGGAGAAGAUACAGAUUGUAGAUUUAGUUCUCAAGGUUGUGUAGUUUCUGUAAGAAUAUAUUAAUAUCCAUAGGUUGUGUUUUGUUAUAAUGGGCCUCCAGUGUGACAACCUACAUACUUCGACAUCCAAUCACAUGAUCGCCAAGAAAGGAAAGUGUAAGAACCACUCAGGUUUUCAUGGUGGUCUUUGUUGUAUACUGAAAGAUCUUUUUGGUUGUAACAGUGUGUAUUGUAAGGAGUAGCUUCUGACAUUUCAAGCAUACCUACUGCCUCCAUCUUCACUGUAGAAGUUACAGCUUCUACAUAAGAGACGAUGAACAUCACAGUUGAAUGGCUGGCAUUUCUGCUUCAUAUUUCGGAGAUUCUUUGCUGAAAACUCAACUCAAGAUUGGUGUUCCUGACUGAGGUAUUUUAUGAUUUUCAAGUUUCUCCAGUCAAAAUUCUGUGCUAGUACCUAAAAUUUCCACAUCUUAUUUUACUAAUCCUCUCAUCUGACACCAUACAGUUUGAGCUGCUAAAAGUGACAUUAUGUUAUCUAUAUUGAAAGUCAAUUAGUGUAUUUUGUGGUUGAAUGAUCAGCACUCCUGUUUUAUAUGCAGGAGGUCACAGGUUUGAUUCCCAGCCAUGAGCUUGGAUAUUCUGUUUGAGGAUUUCUGCAUUCAUUCUAGGCAAAUGCUGUGAUAGUACCUUAAAACAGGCCAUGAUUGCUUGCAUCCUUAUCCUUUCCAAUUCAGUAUUUACCAUUUAUUGUAUUAUUUGAUGCCUAAUAACCUGUGCAGUUGAGAAAUUGUGGUUAAAUCAAAUCUUUUUCGUUUACAAGAAUGCUUUUUCUAAUAAAUGUUACAAUGUCAUAUCCCCACCCUUCUUCUUUCAGUUGUCUUUCAGUAUUUGAGCUCAUGUUGCAUUUGGCCUAGGACUCUGUCUCUCCAUUUUCAAGUCCUCUGAUAAACAGAAAUGUCAUAUGCAUGUUUUGUGUGUGGGAUCUUAUUGGUGUUUGUUAUGAUGUAUUUUAUAAACAUAAUGUUUUUGCUGCCAUGUUAAAAUUCUAGUACAGCUAUUCUAUAUAAUGUUACAAAUGUAAUGUUGUUGUUACAAUUUAUUAUUAUCAGAUGAUUGUAAUAGGUGCCAUGUAUGUAUUUUCUUCAGAAAGAUGUGUGAUAUCCCUUGUAAGCCAAAGAGUUGGUGGCAUCAGACCUGCUGAAAGAAUGUUCUGUUCUGGAUACAUUGCAGCCUGUAAAGUAAGCUAAGUGUGCAUCAUAGCAUGCGUGUAUAAAUAAUGAAGUUCACUUUAAAUUAAUUGGCAAGGAAACACCAUGUAUCAAAAAACUAUAAAUGAAAUUAUAUAAUUAUCCCAUAAGAGGUUAUAAUGUAUGUCAAACAUUAUCAGCAUACUCAAAAUGUAUUGAACUAUAUCUGUAAAGGUAAUGUCAUGUGCCCAUUUAUUUAGUUUCAGCCAAAAUUCAGUUUGAUUAACCAAUGUUAAAGUUAACUGCAUUCUUUAGGUUGGCACUCGAUGGAGGUGAGUGGCCAUCUUCACACAAUAGUUGCUUUACAUGUGAGGAAAGCUAUUGGAUAGGAGACUAGGUGGGUCCCAGAGCUGAUCUGGAUGCAGUGGUAAAGACAGAAGUCUCUGGGCCUGCUGGGAAUCUAACUGUGGUCAUCAGCAUGUAGUCUUAUAUUACAUUGGAAUACAGUUAAUUUACAUGAUAUGUCAUAGGGCUGAUGUGCUGCAGUUACUGACACAAGUACAGUGCUUACCCUAUCUCACUUUACAUUUUACUGCAGUUGCCAUAAGUACAAAAGUCUAUUCUAAAUGCUGGGAUAUGUUGUAAAGCAGCUGAACAACUGAUGUUAAAUGAGAGAUGAGAAGCAGCAACCAACUUUGGUACUUCCAGGGAUGUGUAGCUUCCAGCCUUUUUUAUGAAAAUUUGUGAGAGCAUGAUCUCCAAAUUGGUUAAGAACAAAUAUGGAUUUAAUGUUAUUCAGAGUGUUAAUGUAUGUUCUCUAUGUCUGAAAUUUGUUGUUAUGAACAUUAAAAAUGUUUAUAAAGUAAUUUAGUUGUAUCUAUGUCUUUUUACCAAAGAAUAUGAUAUGGACCAGAUACUGGUCUGUCACAAAAGUGGUAUAUUAAUUUUUUGUUUAAGAGUUACCAUGGUUUGGUUCAUCGGUUUUAUAUUAUGAUCUUUGUGUCACUAACUGAUGGCUGCUGACAUUUAAACUACUAGAACUUGUAAAUUGAAAGAUAAAGAGCCAUUUGUUGUGAAAUUUCAGUUGAUUCAUAUUUUUUUUGUGUCAUUCAAAAGAACCAGUCCUGAAUUGGUAGUUGAAUUUUCCUGCUAUCUGAGGGUACAAUUUAAGUGGUUAUUGUGCUACUGAAAGGUUAAAGUUACAUGUAAUAUUAUGAACCAUUUGUAUAAUGCGAGAUGACAGUGAAAGUUUAGAUUGUGGCCUUUGGGCUUACAACACCUCAUAGUCUCCUUACCCUGAAGAUGGAUGCAGGAGUUUCCUCUAAAAUCUUGGUAAUCACCUACAAGACUGCAUGGAGUCAUAAUUGAAGUACACAGUCUUAAUAUCUGUAUAAUAAUUCUACAUGUAAUAUAUUUUCAAUUUGUUAUUAUUUACAGAAACUGUAGUUGUUAUAAUGUACAAUUUUUGUGUAUUGCUCUGUGACCUUAACUAGUUCCACAUUUCAGUCUACACUUAAAAGGUAAAUUAGUGAUGGAUUUUAUUAGCACAUUCUUAGAUAAGCUUGUAAAGAAGCAUACAAUUGUGGGAAGCUUUUUUUAUUAUUAUUUUAUUUGUACAUAUGUGAGUAUUUAAUACCAAAAAAUGUAUAUGUUGUCCAUUGCUAAGAUAUAGAAUUAUAAGAUUGGUUGCUGAAAUAUGUGAUAUUCUUUCAUAUUUAAUAAGCUAUGCAUAAAUUUUUCUCUGAAAUUAUUGUGCCUCAUAUGAAUUUUUUUAAGUGUUUGUUUUAAUAGCAGUAUCUAAAAUGAUAAACAGAAUUUCUUACACGUAUUAGUUUUGUACAAAUUCCCAAAUUGUAUUUAAAAAAGCAUAUUAGUUUAUUGUAAUCACAUACUAUCGUUAACUGGCAUGCCAUGUGGUUAUGUUCCUAGACAGAUACAACACAAUAAAGUUUGUGCUAUACAUUCA